CUACUCUUUUCUCAGAUUAUUUGUUCCCUUUUGUUAUUGAUUUUUUUUGUUCUGAGCAACUCAGCACAACCGACUGUCAAUGAGUUUCGUUGGCUCGCGCCGCCCGCCGCGUCCACCCGUCCUGGGCCUCGCCGCGUCCAGCUACAAUGUGGAUGUGCUACACUACAAUAACAGCAGCAAUCACAGCCACCCAAUCCUGGGCGGGUCGUCGCGGCUCGCGCGGCUUCGCUGGCUGCUUCUUCCAUUGCUCGCGGCCGCUUCGCUCGGCGCCGUCGUGCUGUUCGUGCUGCUCCCGACGCCCUCAGCAAUGGUGCCCGACGGCAGCAGCGGUGGUAGUGGGGGCGUCGACGGCUACGGCGAUGACCAGGUCCUGCUCGCCGGGCCAGCGCUCAACCAGCCACACCACGCACCCGUCCACCAGCAGCAGCAACAGCAACAACAACAACAACAACAGCAAUCGCAAAAGUGGUUGAGUUGGUUUGGCUGGGGCGGUCGGUCCGAGCCCGUCCAUCCUGGCCGCCGGUCGAACACGGGUGCCCAUGGCGCCGGCGGGUCCUCGGGUGGCAAGCACGACUCGGCGGCAGACCCGGCAUUGUUUGCGCCGUGGUGCAAGAACACGGACGUCGAAGUGGUGCAUCGACUGAGUGUCGCGCUCGAGAACUUUGCGGGAGCCGUGUUUGUUGGUCACAUCAACCCCGACACGGACUCGGUCGCAUCCGCAAUAGCAGCAGCUCAUUACUAUGGUGGAAUGGCUGCCACAGCUGGCAAGAUCAAUCCUGAAACAACACUCGUGCUGCAGCGCUUCCAGCUUCCAGAGCCACCACUCGUUUCGACCUUCCCGCCAGACCAGCACGCUUGCUUGGUCGAUUUCAACCAGCGGACACAGCUGAUGCCAUACAUCAACGAAGACAACGUCGUGUGUGUCAUCGACCACCACGCAAUGCAAAAGGACACGGUGGAAAUCUCCCGACCCAUCCACGUCGAAAUCAAAACUUGGGGCAGCUGCUCGAGUGUCGUCGCUUGGAAGUAUUUUGACACAUGCCGACCCAUGCCACCAUCCAUUGCGGGGGUAUUGUUGAGCGGCGUCAUUUCCGACACCCUGUUUCUGAGGUCUCCAACGACCACUGUUGCCGAUCAGACUGCGGUUGCGCGCUUGGCACAGAUUGCUCGUGUCGACAAUGUGCUGCAGUGGGCUCGCGACAUGUUUGCUGCCAAAGCACAGUUUGGUAACAUGACGAUGGAGCAGAUUGUCGCCAGCGACUUCAAAGAGUUUACCAUUUCAGACAAACGCAUUGGAUUUGGUGUUUUGGAGACGGUUGAUCCUCAAGUGCAACUCCAGCGGCGGACUGAACUGCUCGCCAUUACAUGCGACAUCAAAAAGCGGCGAAGAUUGGACUAUGGCUUUUUCGCUAUCGUGGACGUGCUGGAAUUGCGAUCCUUCCUGCUUGUCUGCAGCGCAACGGAACGCGAUCUUGCACUGACAGCCUACAGCGAUGCAGCCGUGGUUGACAAUCUCCAGCUGGAUCUUGGCAAUCGCGUUUCACGGAAGAAAGAGUUUAUUCCACCACUCCAACGAGUGCUGCGAUGAUGUACUUUUUUUCGUUCUCUCCGUGCCUGUGCAUCUCUUGUACAUGCACAGAACACCUUCGACCAGCACCACGAGCCGGGAUUACCGGAACGAUUUUUUUGUUUUGUUUUUUUUUCGUUUGAUGUGUUUGUAUCCACCCCCAGCCGCAUUCGUGCGCCGUUCAAGUAUUUUUGAUUACUUGCUGUUUCAUUACGUGUUUUUUAAAAUGUAGAAUAUUUCCA